AUGCUACCAUCAUGCACGCACCUGCACGGGCAGCUGAGUAAGGUAGAAAGUACGAACCUGGAAGUAAAACAACACAACUCCAUCCGCUGGGUAGCAACCCCAAUCUUCGACCCGGUCCCGGUGGUAGAAUACCUUCAUUCUCCCUCUUCCAUUAUCCCAACCAUUCACUUUUCCUCCGAUUUCUUUUCCUUACACAUCGUCAUUCGCUCGUUGAAUCCCCCCUCUCUUUCAUUUCCAUCUCCAUCUCCAUCUCUUCUAUCGCGAAACCAUCUCGAACCCCAGCCUUCCGACCUCAUCUUCGCCCUUCAUCUCGUCCUCAUUCUCGUUCCAGGCAUUGACCAGUCUAUUGCAUUUCCGACCACUCGAAUUCCACCUCGCCUGGGAUCCGCCAUCGUCCAUCACCAACCAGAGACGUACAACGUUUGGGUUGGGGACCUGCAUAUGCACACCAUCAGCCUCAGCGUCGGAGCCACCUGUCACCUCCACGAAAAGAAGCAUGGCUCUGGCCCCGUCCGCGCCUUGACGAGCCCAUUUCAUCGAUCGAAUCAUGCCUCCCCAUUCUUCAGGAGACACCAUCGAUCAAUCAGCCCACUAACACUCCAGCAAAGCAAAACUCUCGCCAUGCCCGACCACGCACCGACAUCUAUCCUCCCCGGUCCGGGGCAUAAGCUCAAGCCUUCGUCCCGGCGCCAAUACCGCCAUUCCGACGAGCACUCCCCCACGCGAUCCCGCAUCCACGACGAACUUCUAAGCCAGCUGACCCCAAUGUCUGCCGUCGACGUCCUGCAGCAUCCCACGCCGUCGCUCAAGGCCUGCCUCGACGCAUCGACCGCAAACGAACAAGACUUUGCCAUGCGCACAGCCGUCGCCAGCCAGAAGACAUACGAGUGGCUCGACGAAAUGUCCGAGUGGCCUUGGCCGGCCAUGGGGGGCUCGGCCGGCUUCGAGGCGCCCGUGGCCAGGAGGUUGAAGCUAUCACUGAACAAGGGCUCGGCGCCGGGUGACCGAGGGCAGGAUCCGGAAUAUUCGGGCUAUCUUCCGACUCGGGACGUCAUACAGUACGAGCGCAGGUUGGAGGAGAUCGCCCACGAUCUGGACGAGCUGGAAGUCGACGAGAUCAAGACCCACAUCCUGCACAACCAUAUCCUCCCGCUUUCCAGGCCCGGCACCCCCGUGUCCGACAAUCGCUCCAUCGUAUCGCUCUCCGCAUACAACCACCUAGACGACCUGACAGCCGUCGUCACAGCCAUCAUCGUCCAGGCCCUGCCUAACCUCGCCAGGCUCGCCCGUCUAUUGUCCGUCUGGCAAAUACGUCUCUCCGUCCUGCAACGAAUCCCUUCGCUACUCUCCUCCCUAUCCGACGCCGAGGUCGCUCUGCAGUCAGGAUGGAACGUCAUCUCCGCCUCCAAAAAGAGGCACUCCGUAGCAGCAGCACCAACUGGAGGUCCGGACGCCUCUGGAAACCCGGGAACGUCGCCCGCCUUGACCGAGAAGGACUUUGGCAUCAUGAGGGCUGUGCUGCAAAAGAAGAUCGCGACGGCCGCUCGAAUCAUGGACACCAUGCUUGACAGCCUCGAAGGCGUACCGGACACUCUACCGGACUCGUGGGUCACCCGUAUGGACAACCUCGAGCACGGUUACGCUGCUUGGCAUGCCGCCUGUGAGGCGAAGAUCCGCGGCGCCGAGUGGCUUCUUACGACACAAGUCGAAGUGAAGGCGAGGCCCAUUGCGCCCGUUCCCAUCUCCAUCGCACCACCAGCCGACGGUGCAAGCGAGGGUCAAGGCCGUGACAUGCACUCUCCUCCUACUCGACAAUCCCACGCCUUGUCCUCCCAAGAUACGGCCCUACCAGAGACGCCUGCCAGGAACCGCGAGUCCACGGCUGAUGAUAGUGCUCAUGCCGAUGCCAAGUCGGGACUUCACAUGCGUGCACGGUCGCUCUGCCUCCCGGCGCCGUCAGAGUCACGGCCGGGACAUUCUCGUCUCCACACUCCGGUUUCUUUUCACAGGCGGGAUGUCUCAUCCCACGACGGACCUGAGGAUAUGGAUCCCAUCAAAAGCCAUCUACCGACACCGGUAGCGCAACAAAGGGAGGAUUCCUCCGGCAGCUCCAAUCAUGGUAGCCCCCAGAGCGGAGGAGGAGGAGACUCCGACGACGAACCCGAACUCCCGCCUCUCAUACACAGGAGUCGCCGUUCUACCGGAUCAUCCUACUCCCCGACCAUCAUCCACGGUCAGACAAGCCCGAUUGCGACCAGUGACAUGCCGGAGAUCUCGGCGUCCCCCCCAUUACCACGCGACAAAUUUCAGCCCACUGAAGCUGCUGUCGCCCCUCCUCUGCCUCGGUUGAGCACCAAUUCGGAUAAAGACGAAGCAGAGGUCGAGCCCGAGCUCUCUCGGCGCAAGAACGAUUCCGACAUGGGGAGCCCUGCGAGUCCCCCAAGCUCACCCCCAACGUCGUUCAGAUUCCGGGAGGAUAGUGUCAACUCCCCAGAUGACUCGGCCCUAGAUGCAGAUGACCUGACAUCUAACUCCCUCCUGGACCCACCAUCGUUCAUCGAAGAGGACAUGGGCGAGUCAUCCACCAUGAUGGAGGGCUCCUCCAUGAUUUCAGACGUGGGCGGGGACGAUCAGCUCCAACAGCAGAUUAGCCACCUCCUAGCAUCCAUCCCAGCCAACAUCAAGCUGGCCGUAUCCCCGACCAAAGUCAACCUCAACCCUCCCCCUCCCGACCUGCCCGUCCUCAGGGUCAAGAAAGGGGGCGGCCCCAAGGAACCCGUCGUCCGGCGUAGUGCGUCCGGGCUCUCGUCCCGCUCUUCCACCCGCGCCUCCACUCCAGCGUUCCUCCUCGCGCCAGCCUACGGAAGGAACCCGCGACCCCGGCGCCAGGGCCAGCAGGAAACCAAAGUCUACCACCUCUCCCGCACCACCGGCGAAGCCCCCAUCAAGCUCCUCAUCCGCUGCGUCGGCGAGCGCGGCGAGCGCGUCAUGGUCCGCGUCGGCGGCGGCUGGGCCGACCUGGGCGAGUACCUGAAGGAGUACGCCUCCCACCACGGCCGCCGCUCCGCCAACCUCGACUCGGCCGCCAAAAUCGAGGUGCGCGACCUACCCCGCGUGGCUGCCCAUUCCAGCCGCGCCGCCACCGCCAGCCCGCCCGCCCGUCCCGCCUCGGCCUUGGAACGCUCGCCCAUGACGCCGCUCAACGUGCGGAAGACGAGGAGGUCCUUCGGCACGGCUGGCCUCCCCGUGGACGAUUCCUGCGCCGGACAUGGGUCCUCGGGCUUGCGACCCGCCGCCGCCGCCGCGUCUUUUCCUCCCCGCACGCCCGCCCCGCCGCAGCUGCAGCAACAGCAACAGCAACAGCAACAGCAGCAGCAGCAGCAGCAGCAGCAGGAUGGGGGCCCGGGGAGCGAAGCACCCCCUUCAGACGAAUCAGCCAGAUCGAGAUCCAGUUCGCGGAGCUGGGGCGAGGAGGACAGUUCGCUGGGCCUGGCGGGCCCGACGGGCCGCAAGGUGGAGAUCAGCGAGGAGAGCCGCGCCUGGGUCGAGAGCGUCAAGGAAAAGGUCCGGCUCGCGAGCGGGGAGCGGAAGCCCGAGGAGGGCAGGUUUGGCGAGUUGGGCCGCGUGGGCGCCACCAAGCGGCUCUUCAGGAAGGGCCAGAGGUAUGGCGAAGGUUUCUUGGGGGUGGUGGCGGCGGCGGCGGUGGCGGCGGCUCAUAUUGGCAUUAGCAUCCAAAAUACCCACAGUGUACUCAAGAGGCAAACCCGGCGUCGGAAUAGUCAAGUCCAGAAGAGUAGACAUUCCAUUCUAUGCAGCGACAUAUUGCAAAACAACGACAUGAAGCGCCAUAACCCUCCGUCGCAAGACAUAGAAAGCCAGUCUUGGGCCUCUCAAAUACGUUACCCAACUCGGUCCUUGUUUUUCCCUCGCCCGUCUAUAAGCAUCCCUUGA